UGUCAUUCGUUAAAAGACAUUGCAAUGAUAAAAAUCUCUAAACACUUUGAAACUUACGCUUUAGAGUCCCUCGAAAAAUAUCUCGCGGAUCGCAAAUCGUAUGAGGGACGACAAAAGCCUCAAUGUCGCGGGAAAAGAGUGCGCGUAUGUGUCGAUAAAUAUACAGAUAAUGAUGACCUAGACAGUGAAGAUAGUGAUGACAUGUGCAUUCCAGCAAAAGCGCGGAAAAUCGCGAUAGGGUCAAGUGAGCACAGAGGAAAAAAAGUUGUGGACUAAUAUGUUAGAUCAAGAUCUUGAUGUGUUCAAUCAAGUGAAUUAUAUUGAUAAGGAAAAGGAUCUGACAAAAAUACAGGCUCGCGAAAAACGUUUAAAGCUCGCGGAAAAAAAGAAUGCUGACUUUAUCGCCCGCGAAAAAUGCCGCGAACCAGCUAAGGAAAAACAAAAACGAUUUAGAGCUCGCGAAUCCGAAAAAAAUCGAUCCAAGGACUACACAUCGAAAGAUAUCAUCCCUGAGACCAUGAUGGAAUUGGAUUCAUCGAUCGAGAUCAUUCCCAGCACUCCAUCAGUUAUUAGUUUAAUGCUAGAACGCAAGGGUGAAUAUGCGCAGCAUGGACUAUUCAAUCCCGCGGCCUCAACCCCUACAAAACCGCGAAAAACUAUUGAAGAAAUCAAGGCCGUUGUAGUCGCGUUGGGCGUGAAUCUAGAACAAAGGAAUCGCGAGGGCGAUUACGAAGUGCGAUGCACUCAACCGCAGCGCCCAAAAGAGCUUAAUCAAAUUGCGAUGCAAUUGGAUCAGAACGACAAUGAUGAUGAUGAAGGAUUGGCCCUCCAGAGUCUUGAUUUUAUCCCGUUAUACCCCAGUAACCGUUCGGCUUAAAAAUUCAUUCAACAUUUUUGUAUUUUUUUUGGUUAGCUGAA